CCGGGCCCAGCUUCCCCUCCCGGCGGGCUGUCCUUCUGGCGGGGGAGGAGAGAUGGAGUUUCUUCCAGCCCUGAAAGGCCGAGGAGGAUGGCCGGUUCAUGGACUCCACCGCUGGGCCUCCCAUGCCUCCGUGCCCCAGGCUGCCCCCUCCCUGGCUUUCGUUCCAGACAGCCCCCCUCCGGACGCUGGGGCAAUAGAAAAACUCCAGAUGUUCGUUCUUCACUGCCAGCGUCUCUUUGUCUUGACUGGAGCAGGGAUCUCCACCGAAUCCGGUAUCCCGGAUUACCGCUCUGAAGGCGUGGGCCUUUACGCCCGGUCUGACCGGCGGCCCGUCCAGCACGCCGAGUUUCUCCGCAGUGCCUCAGCCCGGCAGAAAUACUGGGCCAGGAACUUUGUGGGGUGGCCCCAGUUUUCCUCCCAUCAGCCCAACGCGGCACACUGGGCUCUGAGCAGCUGGGAACAGCAGGGGAAGCUGCACUGGCUGGUGACUCAGAACGUGGACGCCCUCCAUGCCAAGGCUGGCAGUCGGCGCAUGACUGAGCUGCAUGGCUGCACGCACAGGGUCUUGUGCCUCAGCUGUGGGGCCCAGGUCCCCCGUGAGCAACUCCAGGAACAUUUUGAGGCUUUGAACCCCAUGUGGACAGCUGAGGCCCACGGCGUGGCCCCCGACGGAGACGUCUUUCUGCCGGAAGAGCAGGUGCGCCAUUUCCGUGUCCCAUCGUGCCGCAAAUGUGGUGGGGUCCUCAAGCCAGAUGUGAUUUUCUUUGGGGACAACGUGUCCAAGGAGAAAGUGGACUUGGUGUACCAGCGUCUUGAGGAAUCCGAUGCGGUCCUCGUGGCCGGGUCUUCCUUGCAGGUCUUCUCGGCUUACAAAUUUGCCCUUGCUGCCCGGGACAGGAAGUUGCCGAUGGCCAUUGUUAACAUCGGCCCCACGCGGGCCGAUUCUUUAGCUUCUUUAAAGCUGAAUUCCCGCUGUGGGGCACUGCUGCCUGCGAUUCUCCUUUGAGCAAGCUGGUGGGGCAUCCAGACCAGUAAAGAUUCAAGGGUGCUUUGGAGAACAAGUGAAUCCUCUUCUGCAUGUGACAAUCUGUCCAGUACUGGAAGACUGCCAUCCUACCACCUCCCUUUCUCAUUGUUAAAUAGGACAUACCCAGUUCCCUCAGUCGUUCCAUCAUAUGGUUUAGCCACCAGCCCCCUUAUUUUUGUUGCUCUUCUCUGCACUCCUUUUUGCACCAGAAUUGGAUGCAGUAUUCCAGGUGUGGUCUCACCUGUGAAGUAUAAAGCAGGGCUUUUCAA